AUGAGCCAAGUGCGGAUCCUGGAGGCCACUGCGGAGAAUAAUCAUCUCCAGUCCGUAAAGGAGAUCAGUAGAAAAACUGAAGCUUUGUCACCAGUAGGGUACACAAGCAAGUCAUUGGAGAGAAAGAAGGGGGACGUGGAGAGCUUAGCAGAGGUCACUCAGGGAGAGCCCCAGAAGUCAUGUUCCAAGCCUGUAGCAGAAAAAGUCACAGAGAGCUGCCAGCAAAUUUGUCAAUGUAGACCACCUCCACCAUUACCACCGCCUCCUCCGCCUCCACCACCCCCGAGGUUGCUAGUUGUCCCAACUCCCAAGUCUACCUUUUGCCCCACUGAGGAGACCUGGUGGCCAGGCCUGGUUAUUAUCAUUGCAGUAUGCUGUGCCACACUAGUGUUCCUCUUUGUAGUUGUCAUCAUUUGCUACAAAGCCAUAAAAAGGAAACCACUGAGAAAAGAGGAGAACGGAACCAGUCGAGCUGAAUAUGCAAUGACCUCCUCCCAGAACAACAAAACAGUUGAUAACAAUGCAGUUGUAUAAUUCCUGAAAGCUGUUCAAGACACAGGAGGUGUUAAACUUUAAAAGCACACACAUAAAGUAUGCAAGGUGGGUGAACUAAGGAAACGAAACGCGCUCUGUGGCCAAGGACUUCAUUUCAGAAAUAGCACCUGCAUCAGUGAUUCAGAAGAGAAAAGCAAGCUGCUCUUCAGGCCUGCUGCUUGUCCAAGGGAGGAUAAACUUGCCCAUGUGGGCUACCCAGAGAAAAGGCCUCACAAAGGCAUAAGCAUCGCAUGCUGCAUCUCUUGAAAGCAACGUCACGAUGACUCCCACUUCUUCUUCUCCUCCUCCCACUUUUUAUUUUGGACUGAGUAAGCAAAAGCUGCUUAAUUAGCAUCUUUUGAUGGGAAGGUGAUCUGACAGAGUGGCAGCAACUCAUUAUAAUGGGUCUGAGGUUCAAGGCUGAAAGUUGUCACCUACAUGCUUCUCCAGCCUGUGCAGUGUUGUCACUUACAAGCUAGCAGCUUGGUAUGCUUAGUUCAUUCAUUCUUAUCAUUCUUAUUAUUUUGUUAUUAAAAAAGGGAAGAAGGUUUCUGUUAAGCCAUCAAGCAACCAAAAAAUGCAUGAACUUGUGACUUAACCCAGGAAACUCAUCUGCAGUCUCGUGACUAUGCAAUUUCCAUGGCUGAAGACUUUCGAGGCAAAAGAAAUCAAGAUAUGUGAUCUUAGCAAUUAGCAUUGCUAAUGAAAGAGAUAAUUAAGAGGUGCUUUGAACAUUAUUACUUCAUAAUCAGCCUCCUUUUUGCAUCACAUUUUAUUUUUUAUCUUUAACAAGUUUUUUCUUUGUGAAAUUCUACACAUUUCUCUGUGUUUGCAUCACACUGAUUUGCCAGGGACCCCUACAGGAAAGAUUUUGUUUACAUUUUGAAGUGACUAUUUGGGCAGGAUUGUGUUGAAAGGACUAGCAGCAUUGUGAAAAAGAAGUCCUCUGCAUUCACUGAUCAGUGUUGUUUCCUGAAAGCGCUGAGUCUCUGGAACUGACCCACCAAGGACAUCGUUAAGUCUGGCUUAGAGGACCAUUUAUGAGGAACUGGUAAGUCGGAUGUGCCCGUGUUAACUCAGUCUCUGAACAGAGCCUGCCAAGUGUGCCAAAUUCAACAUAAUAGCUUAAUGUUGUACUUUUCGUGAUGUGGAUUGCAGAUGACUUAAAGCAAAGCUGAAUCCACCCAAAUUCAUUUCACUUAGGAUCUCAGGUUAGACUCAGUACGUAACCCCUAGGAUAAAGGCCAGUCAUCAGACUCUAUCUAGUGUUUCCUUACUUUCUGAAAAAUUUACUUUGUGUCACACCUCCAUGUGUAUGUCUCCAUUUACCUCUGUGCUGAAAGCAGCAACGAAGUGAAAGACAAAUUUCCACACUGGCUUCUUGUCUGGACAUCAAGCUUCAAUAACACUCAGUCUCUGUGUCUGUGAGUAACUCACGCAAUCCAGCCCAGUCUCGCUCUGUAAAGUGACUGCACUCCAGCCUUCGAGUCUGUCAGUACUGCAAAAUAUAGAUACUUUCAGUUUUAUAUAAGGAUGUGCCUGAACUGCAAAAAUUAGAUCUUGAUUUUGAACCCACUCCUGACUGCAGUUGGACUGUCUCUGGGAUUUAGAGUUUGGCCUGCUAAUAGAAGAUGAUGUUCUGCAGGCUUUCCCCCCAAAAAAGCUCUGGGAUGUUCAAAUCAGCAGUUUCAGCUCAGGCCCAUCUCUAGUUUUCUAUUACCUAAAGAACAAUAAGGUAUAUGUAAAUAUAAGUAUCUUUUCAAUGAUAAAAUGAAAUGCUGCUACAUACUACUGUUGAGAAAUUUAUGGAGUUAAUCAUUUAGCCUUUUAGCCUGUCAUCACUAUGUAGAAAUUAAGCUACAUAAAAUUAUUUUUUAAAAGUCUAGACUUUGCUGAGAAGUGAAUGCAAUGAUAACAGUGAAAGGGAACAAGUAACCCUUUGCCCAAAAGUAUGAUCGUUCCCUGCCAUAGUUAUAUUGUGUGCUUGCACAAGAUACAGUGAUAUGUACUUAGAUCCAAAGUGGGAUUAAAAUAACAGAAUUUACAUUUUGACUCAUUUUACAUUGUACAUGUUGAUUGCCUAAGGCACUUAGCCCCUAAAUAUUAUAAUAGAAAUAUUUCAAGUAUAUUUCUAGAAUAUUUUUUAAGCUAUAACAUUUAUUUUGGUGUCGUUACCUACCUAUAUUUGCCUUUCUUUUUUUACUUCAGUUGUUUGUGCAUAAAUGUGGCAAAGUUUGAGACUGGUUGCAUGUUUAGCUGAGAGUAUAAAGUAUGAGUGCAGAUGAGUUUAGCAUGAUACAGGCUCAGGAUUAGCACUUUUUUCUAAAGGUUGUUUAUUUUAUUUAUUUUCUAACAAAGCUUUAAAGGCAUGUUCUAUAAGGCCAAAAUAACAAAAGGGAUUUGUAGCUCAAUAAGUCCAUUAAAUUGUGUCUGUUUUUUGCAAAAAAAGUCUAAAGAGAAGGUCACGGGACACUCUUAUCUUCAGCAUUGUCAAUGGUAAAAUGUCUUCACUGAGAGAAAAAUCCUGACGCAUGGCAUCACUCACAAGCAAAUCUACCCCGGACCCCUAAAGAUCUUCGCAGUGGAACAUAAAUGUUCAAAUCUUCAUACAGAGCAGGGCAGCAGGACAUUUCAAGGGACACCCACACAGAGGUGGGAUUUAUUUUCAACUCUGCUGUUGAUCAGCUGUUUACUAGCAAGUAAUUUUGCCUUUCUGUGCCUCAAUUUGCCCAUCUGUAUAAUCAUGAUAAAAAUACAUACCAGCCCUGUGACAGUAUUUUAAGAGGUAUGGAUGUGUCUUGUAUACAUAGGAGGCACUGCUCUAUCAUUAUAUUCCACAUCCUCAUAUUAAAAAAAAAAAAAUGGUUGGGCACAUUAAAAUCACAAUCACCAUAAUAUUUUAACUAAAUGUGCGGCUCAAAAUAUCUCAUAAACAGACACUCCCCUCAAUGUCUUUUCAUUCUCCAUUGGCCGCAUGAGAACAGCGGCACACAGGCUAGGAGCUCCUCCUCUCUGCUUUUCCAGAGUCUUUGCUCUCAGCACUUGCAUAGCUAUACAGUAGGAAGAGAGAGGAAAUUCUGUAUGAGGUUGUUUUGCCUGUAGAUUCCUGGCUUUCUAAAUACAGUUGACUACAUUGCACCAAAAUUUAAGGUGGUCUUCAGAAAGGCACUAGAAAAAGUAUACCGGAAGCAGAUUUAAGUCUUCAGCAAAGAGAAGUCAGGAUGGUGGCACCUUUGGGGAAUGAUUUCUGAAGUUUUCUGGUGUGGUUUAAGGUUAUUUUAAGACUCUGCAGACUACCUGCAAGGCUUUUACAAAAGGGGCUUCUGUGGAAAGGAAUAGUCUUGAUGGAUAAGGGUUUCACUACAGCAGUGGCCCUUUAAAGAUGGAACUGGCAAUUCAAAGUACAGCUUUAUAAGCAUUUCAAGUUUAUUUUUAGCCUCCAAAAUAUCAGGCUUAGAAAGGCGCUGCAUACCUCCGUUCACAGAAUAGGCAGAUCCUCAGCAGAUGCAAGGAGGCCUAUUUCUACACAGAUGUAAACUCCUCUGCUCUUACGCCUCUGAACAUAGCCAGACCUACUCAUACAACAGAAAACUGCUUUGUUCAGUCUAAGGGAGAGGAUUAACUCUGAACUUUCUUCUUAAAACCCAUUUUAAUUGAAUUUGCAUUGCCACUAGCAGACACAAGCAGAUACUGCACUUUAAAGGGCCUGAGCUGCAAAUGUUGUUUCGUCAGCCCCCAGCGAUGCCAGGAGGAGCUGGAGGUGUCAGCGCCUUGCAGGGAGCCACAGCUUUGCAUCCCUUCCUGGCUCAGACGCAACACUGAGGUGUGACCAGAAAACCAUCUGUACCUUGGACAGAUGCUGCAAAAACAGACAUGGAAAGAAAAAGGAGAGUUCUACUAAGUAUAAGAUAUAAAUAUAUUGAUAUAUAUCUAUACGGAGACUUAAUUGUCCAUCCUUGCAUGCCAUAUGGUCAUGUAUAGCAUGUGCAGCAAGCGCAGGCCUCCUGCUCUGACCAGAUAAUGACCAUAGAUGCUGCCAAGCAAUGGAGAAUCAGGCCUAUGAUAGAUAUAUAUUUACAAUACUCCCUGCAUCUGUACAAACAAAAAUAGAUUAUUUUAAACUGCAAAAUAGUGUGUUUAAAUCAAUGCAUGAAUGUAAAUAUUCUAAGAUCUGCCUUCUUAACUGUGUACCACAUGUACAGAUGAAAACAAAUAUUGUUUAUAGGAAAUCUGUAUCAGUGGUUAAAUGACUAAAGAGAAAAAAAUAUCAGAUUUAAUGUUGUCAUGUUCCUCAAACAAGCCAUUAAUGUAUAUUUCGUAUUUAAGGAUAUUGCUCAAUAAGUAUGUUCCGUACCAAAAACUGUGUUGCAUAUACGGAUUGUGCAGUACCCUAUUUUAAAAAGGCACCAUAAUUAAUUUUUAUUUUAAAUAAAAAUGUACUUGUAAAAA